AUGUCAAGCUUACCAGUAGACAUCAUGACCAACAUUCUCUCAAGGUUAGAAGUGAAGUGCAUCUUAAGGUACAGGUGUGUUUGCAAACCAUGGGAUAAGUUGCUCAGAACCCCUCAAUUUGUUAAAAUGCACCUUAGUCGUGCCAUUGAAAAUGAGGAUGUCAGUUUCAUUGUAAGAUCAAAUGCUGAACAUAUGUACUCUACGGAUUAUCAGAAAAAGUCUUUAUUUACAUUUUCAGAUGAUGAUGUUGUAGAAAUUGACUUUCCCUUUAAAUCUAUAAGUCAUUUUCGUUAUGCAGUUGUUGAGGAUUCUUGUGAUGGCUUGCUUUUCUUAGAGAUUUGUUCUGGUGAUUCUCUUUUCAAUGGGCUUUGGAACCCAUCGACUAGGGAAUACAAGACACUGCCGAUGGAGACAGUGGAGUUCUCAUGUCCUUUAUCAUCUGAGAUACCAAUCCUCCAUUCAAUCACAUAUGGAUUUGUUUAUGAUUCCAACAUUGAGGAUUAUAAGGUGGUCAAAGUCAUGGACCUUGGUCCUCAUGGUUCUGAAAUUAGUGUCUAUACUCUGACAUCAAAUUCAUGGAGGGAUGAGGGAAUCCAAGAAGUGUUAAAACCACAAGACGUAAAUGUAUCCAAUGUCACAUUGGGUUUGUUGGGGGAAUACCUUUGCUUAGUUUCCCAACAUCCUAUGGCUCGUAGUGAUGUAUGGGUGCUGAAAGAUCACGGGGUGACUAAUUCUUGGACGAAACUUUUCAGCGUAAACCAACAGACAGCUAUUGAUGGAUGCGGUAUUUUGAAUCCAAUAUUUGCUUUUAAGAGCGGUGAGAUUCUUAUCGAGAAUAUGAAUGAUUUUAAUCUGUUUGUUUAUGACCCAGAGCAUGGAAGUGUCAUAAUUCCAAAGGUUCGUGGUACUCCAAUGUGCUCAUAUUAUACAACAAUCAAUGUGAGGAGCCUAGUUUCACUUGAUUCAGGUACUUAUGUGGGUCAAGAAGAACCAGGAGAAACAACAUGACAGAAGAACGUUUUUCUGGAUAUGUUAUAAUUUUUUCUUUAAGGAGUAUCUCAUACCAUAUGGUGCUUACAUUAGUUCUUGUUCUCUCUCAGGAUUUUUUUUGUUGGUCUAGAUUCUAAUAGGAUGCAUUUUUGCAAAAUUUUAUCUGUCAUUUUCAUAUUUCGGUCCAAUCUUAAUUUGAGAGCUGUUUUAUUUGCUUUAGAAAUAGUCUGCUGUGUUCCUUUCUGUGUGCGACUGUGCGUGCACUUUUUCAUGUUCUGAAUUAGGUACUUUAA